AUGCCCUCCGAGAAAUCGGCCUCUUCCUCACCAAGCGACGAGGAAGCCCUUCCAGAACGCGGCACCACAGAAGAGCUGCGAAGAGAUUUCUCUCUGUGUAUCAUCACUUUUCUCGGCACAAUAGCGAUUGCUUGCUCGCUGGCGGAGAUUACUCCAACCUGGCCUACAGCAGGAGGACAGUAUCACUGGGUUCACGUCCUAGCCCCGAAAUCCCACAAACUCCUCGCAUCCUGGUUCACAGGUUGGAUCUCCAUCGGCGGCCAGACAGCGCUCACGGCCUCCGCGGCCUUCGCUGCAGGCUUGCAAUUCCAAGCCUUGAUUACGCUAAACAAUCUAGAUUCGUGUGUACCGGCACGGUGGCAGGGGAUGUUGUUUUAUUGGCUUGUACUGGUGUAUUCUGCGGCAGUGAAUAUAUGGGACAGCAGAGUGCUGCCGCACACGAAUCUUGCUUCCGGGGUCAUACAUGUCGUUGGCUUCGUGGCGAUCAUGGUAGUAAUGGGCGUCAUAGCUCCGAAACACGAUGCACGUUUCAUCUUCGUCGAGUUCUCGAAUACGAGUGGUUGGGCGAGUGACGGGACAAGCUGGCUUGUCGGCCUUCUGAGCACAAUCUACCCGUUCCUAGGCUACGACGCUGCGUGCCAUCUCGCAGAGGAGAUGCCUCUCCCUUCUCGAAAUGUGCCGCUCGCGGUGGUGGGAAGCGUGUUCGUGAAUGGCGUCAUGGGAUUAGGCUUUGCCAUCAUGCUGCUAUUCUCGCUCGGCGACCUCAACGAUUUGCUUACCUCUCCCACCGGGUUUCCGUUCAUGCAACUUUUCUUGAAUAUCACAAGCAACAAAGCGGGAGCUACGGUGCUGAUUUUGAUUGUGAGCCUUGUUGCGGUGGCGGCGAAUGCUGCGGGUUGUACCUCGACCUCCCGAACAUUCUGGGCCUUUGCGAGGGAUUCUGCAGCGCCUUGCUCGAGACUCUUCGCGCGUGUUGACCCGAAGCUGCAGGUUCCUGUCCCGGCAAUCAUUGCAGUUACGGUGUCCCAGAUGCUCCUAGGAUUGCUUUGCCUCGGGAACAGCACGGCGUUUAACGUGAUUCUGUCGAUGGCUAUUUUGGGGAUGUACGCCUCAUACAUCCUCCCAAUUAUCUACAUGGUGCUUUACGGCCGGAAGAAGCUGAACCGAGAGCAGUUUGGACCAUUUAGUAUGGGCACUGUAUUGGGACCAGUUGUGAAUACGGUGGCGCUUGGGUGGCUGGUUGUCGCGAUGACUUUCAGCACUUUCCCGAGUGUGCAGCCUGUCACACCUCAGAAUAUGAAUUAUGCGGUUGUGGUUAUGGGCAGUUGGCUUGCGAUUGGGACGGUUUACUUCUUUGCUUUGGGGAGGAAGAAGUAUGUUGGGCCUGUCUUGUAA